AAUUACACAUAAUAUUUUGGGUAUGGUUUCUGUGCAAAUACGAGUGUCGGUUCUUGGGUUCUCUGCACAAACUGAAAAGCCUUUGUACUCUUCUUCUCUCGACAUCACACACAAUUCUUUAAUAAAUAAAAAUUAACAUCCACUUCUCAAUUUUCAUUCCAAUCAUUUUCUUUAAAUCUUAACCAAUUGAAUCUCAACUUUUUCGUCACAUAAAAUAGACUUAUCAUCAACCAUUGUUCAUUUUGUUAGUUACAUUCUGUUUCUCCAUUUUACAAGCCAUCACAUUCACCUCAACAAACUUCAUUUAAAACUACCAUUACCUGAUUUCAUACCUUAUUCUUCAAUUCAGAAUGGAGAGCACAAGAUUAAGCCAAUGGUUAAAGUUAAACCUUCUGGUGUUUGUACUUGUAUUGUUGAAGGCAGAAGCUGCUUAUGUACCAAUCAGUUAUGUCCACAAUGCAGUAAUAAAAGGAGCCGUUUGUUUGGAUGGAAGUCCACCAGCUUACCAUUUUGAUAAAGGAUUUGGAACUGGAAUUAACAGUUGGUUAGUUCAAUUUGAGGGAGGAGGAUGGUGCAACAAUAUCACAACUUGCCUUGGUCGCAAGAUGAAUCGUUUAGGUUCAUCAAAGCAAAUGGCUAAGCAAAUUGCCUUUUCAGGAAUUUUAAAUAACAGGAGACUGUUUAAUCCAGAUUUCUACAAUUGGAACAGAAUCAAGGUUAGAUAUUGUGAUGGUUCAUCUUUUACUGGUGAUGUGGAAAUAGUCAAUCCAGUAACUAAGUUGCACUUCAGAGGAGCAAGAGUUUUUAAUGCUGUCAUGGAAGAGUUGCUAGCAAAAGGAAUGAAAAAUGCUAAAAAUGCUAUUAUCUCAGGAUGUUCAGCUGGAGGAUUGACUUCAAUACUGCAUUGCGAUCGAUUUCGAGCUCUUUUACCGCAAGGUGCUAAAGUAAAAUGCCUCUCAGAUGCCGGUUACUUUAUCAAUGCAAGGGAUGUAUCUGGAACACAGCAUAUUGAACAGUUCUUCAGUCAAGUUGUUACUACACAUGGGUCUGCAAAUAAUUUGCCUAGAUCAUGCACUUCAAGACUCAAUCCAAAGCUGUGCUUUUUCCCUCAAUAUGUUGUAUCACAAAUCACUACACCAAUCUUCUUUGUCAAUGCGGCAUACGACUCGUGGCAGAUUAAAAACAUUUUGGCGCCGGGUGUUGCCGAUCCUCAUGGACACUGGCAUAGCUGCAAAAUGGAUAUAAACAACUGCUCUUCUAAUCAGCUAGAUCUAAUGCAAGGCUUCAGAACAGAAUUCCUAAGAGCAUUGACUGUUCUAGGAAACUCUCCAUCCAAAGGAAUGUUCAUAGACUCUUGCUAUGCUCAUUGCCAAACUGAAAUGCAAGAAACAUGGUUUAGAAGCGACUCUCCAUUGUUGGCCAAGACAACCAUAGCAAAGGCUGUAGCAGACUGGUUUUAUGAAAGAAGGCUUUUCCAUCAGAUAGAUUGUCCUUACCCUUGCAAUCCAAGUUGUCACAACCGCGUUUUCGAACCACAAGACAACCCAGAAAAAAAUGUCAGCACCAAAGGAACUUCAGGUGCAUCAGCUAUAAAGCUCAGUUUUCCAAAAUUAUCAAACAAGGCACAAUGGAUUGAGCUUUUGUGCAUUAGAACCGGCGGGAUUCUACUAACGUUGGUUAUUCUGGUCAUCCUAUAAAAGCUGAUAUUUGCCGAUUUAAUUUUGACCCAACUGGACCAUUUCGCCGUACAAAAUUAAUGGAUUUGUCAAAUGGGUGCUGACACUGCUGAGCAAGAAGGAAUGAAAGCCAAUUUCAUUUAUGUGAAUCACUUUAUGCUUCAUACAUGACUUGUAUAUACUCCAGAUAGAGAGCUUCAUUGUUAGGUCCAAUUAGCAGCAACUUCUCAAUUCAUGCAUCAAAACCUUAAACAACUUAUAAUAUGAGACUAGACUAUGGUUGUAAUAAUUGAAUUAGUGCAAGGUGCACAAAAUCUACUGGUGAAGGUGCAAUUUAAUGCUGACAGCAAAAUGGCAUACAUCAUGUUGCCAUGUAAGCACAUAAUUCAAAAGUUUUACUUGAGCUUGUUGAAGUCUUCCUUUGUUGUCUUUAGCACAAAGGAAACAAUUAGCAAGGAUACUAUAAUUUUCAUGGACUAUUAGCAAGGUAUAAAGUUCCAUGAUUGGCCUGACAUGUUAUUGCAGCUGCUUGUCAAUUUGUUUGGACUGGUGCAUCUGAAGAUCUAUUUGUAAUUUUGUAUCAUAUACACCUAAGGGUUGAUUCCUUUUUCUGGUGGCUAAUUCCAUUUGCUUUUUCUGUAACUUCUUUAUUUGUCAAGACAGAGACCAUUUUAAAUGUUACCUUACCAAUACCUAUAGUUGUAACUGAUAGAUUCAGACAGAGAUAAAUUUGUAUGUAUCCCUUGCAAUGUACCAAUAUACCUAUAGUUGUAACUGAUAGAUUCAGACAGAGAUAAAUUUGUAUGUAUCCCUUGCAAUGUACCAAUACCUAUAGUUGUAACUGAUAGAUUCAGACAGAGAUAAAUUUGUAUGUAUCCCUUGCAAUGUACCAA